AUGACUCCCCCCCUCUCGCGCCGCAAUGCAAGCGACCCUUCCUUCAGGCUCUACCCAGGCAUCCAGUCCGCCAGUCUCGACCGCACCGGCCCGGAUAAUCUCCUCGGAUGGUGGUCGAAGCGAGAGUGA